GAAUGGUCACGAAGAAGAAGUAACGUCAGUUUCCUCUUCCGGGUCACGUAUUAAAAACGUCGUGUGAACGGCGCGACCAAACAGAAAGUUUUACAGAAACUAAGCAGUUUAAGUGUUUAGUGCUCUCAAACCUACGAGUUUAAAACUGAAUCCAACGCCGUAACAAAUCUAGCAGAGGAAACACAAAGAAUACAAAGACUUGGAGGAUGUCUCUUCCUAAACGGGAGGUGGAGGAGUUGAGGCCAUGGGUGGAGCGUACUGUGAAGAAGGUGCUGGGCUUCUCAGAGCCUACUGUCGUUACUGCGGCCCUGCACUGUGUUGGAAAGGGUCUGGACAAAAGGAAAACCACAGACCAGCUUCGUCCCUUCCUUGAUGACUCUGCUGGAGGUUUUGUGGAGCGCCUUUUUGAAGCUCUGGAGGAAAGCCGCAGUGCCCGUGGUAACAAAGGAACUGGUGAAAAGAACCGCAAGAGGGACCUUAAGGUUUUGCCUGGUUGGUUUCAGGAUGUGUUUGGUGAUGAGGCUGAAUCAGGUCUAAUGAGAGAAACUUCACAGUCAGAAGAUGGGACAGUUGCAAAGCGGAAGCGGGUCCCUCGCUUUGAAGAGGUGGAAGAACCUGAGGUCAUACCUGGACCUCCAUCUGAAAGUCCUGGCAUGCUCACCAAGAUGCAGAUAAAACAAAUGAUGGAGGCAGCCACAAAGCAGAUAGAAGAAAGGAAGAAACAAUUGAGCUUCUCCUCAGUCCCUGCUGGACCGACACAAAUGGAAUCCCCUCCAGUCUCCCGGCUUCUUGGCUCCCAGGCUGCUGCAAGUUCAGGCAGCGCCUCAUCCAUUGCCCCUUCCCAGGCAGCCAGCUUCAUGAACGAUGCCAUCGAGAAGGCUCGCAAAGCUGCUGAGCUACAGGCCCGCAUCCAGUCCCAGUUAGCCAUGAAGCCUGGUAUACUGGGAGCCUUGGGAAACACUGGACCUCAUAACCUGGUGGCUCUGGCUAAUCUACAUGCUAUGGGAAUUGCCCCACCGAAGGUAGAAGUGAAAGAGAUUAACAAGCCAACUCCGCUUAUUCUGGACGACCUGGGAAGAACUGUGGAUGCCAGUGGCAAAGAGGUUGAACUGACACAUCGAAUGCCCACGCUGAAAGCAAAUAUUCGGGCAGUAAAGAGGGAGCAGUUCCGUCAGCAGCUAAAGGAAAAGCCCGGAGAUGACUUGGAGUCCACAUCCUACUUUGACCAACGUGUGACCAUUACGCCAGCUCAGCGCCCUCGCAGGGGUUUCAAAUUCCAUGACCAGGGGCGCUUCGAGAAGAUUGCCCAGCGAAUUAGAACCAAGGCCCAGUUGGAAAAGUUGCAGAAUGAGAUUGCACAGGCAGCAAAGAAGACGGGAAUUCAGGCAUCCACCAAGCUGGCAUUGAUCGCCCCCAAGAAAGAGAUUGGAGAGUGGGAGGUGCCCAACAUUGAGUGGUGGGACUCCUUCAUCCUGCCCUCCAACAUAGAUAUAACACCAGACACAAAAUUUGAAGAGUUGGAGCUCUUCGGUGUGACCAACCUGGUAGAACAUCCGGCCCAAAUUAGCCCUCCAGUUGACACAGAUAAGCCAGUAACGCUGGGUGUAUACCUGACAAAGAAAGAACAGAAGAAACUCAGAAGACAGACACGAAGAGAGGGUCAAAAAGAAGUUCAAGAGAAGGUUCGUCUGGGAUUGAUGCCUCCUCCAGAACCCAAAGUACGCAUCUCAAACUUGAUGAGAGUGCUUGGGACAGAGGCAGUUCAGGACCCCACAAAAGUAGAGGCCCACGUCAGAGCACAGAUGGCCAAAAGACAGAAGGCCCAUGAGGAGGCCAACGCAGCUCGUAAGCUCACAGCAGAGCAGCGGAAAGAGAAGAAGGUCAAACAGUUAAAAGAAGACCUCACUGAUGGUGUUUUUAUUGCAGUUUACCGGAUCCGGAACCUGCAAAAUCCUGCUAAGAAGUUUAAAGUGGAGGCCAAUGCAAACCAGCUGUACUUGACUGGCACAGUGGUUCUGCACAGAGAUGUCAACAUUGUAGUAGUGGAAGGAGGCCCUAAAUCGCAGAAAAAGUUCAAGAGGCUGAUGAUGCACAGAAUCAAAUGGGAGGAGCACAACAGCAAAAGAGAUGAUCCGGACGGUGAUGAUGAUACAAAGAGAAACAACAAAUGCUGGUUGAUUUGGGAGGGAACAGCCAAAGAGCGCAGUUUCAUAGGGGAUAUGAAGUUCAAGCAGUGCCCCACAGAAAACAUGGCCAGAGAACACUUCAAGAAACACGGCACAGAACACUACUGGGACCUAGCGCUCAGUCAAAGUGUGUUGGACUGCACAGAUGACUGAAACCUGCCAAGAAAGAAUUCAGCGCACCUUCUACAACCCCUCCACUCAGACCCACAGCAUCACCAGCCAGUCAACCGUCACUACUGACUAGCUGCCUUCAUCUGAGGACAGAUAGACUUUACCAAGAGACAUGAACAUUAGAACUGGAAGAACAAUAAACCAGUGUGGAUGUUUUGUGCGAGAAUGUCUAACAGAUCAGGGUGUGCAUACCUGCAUCAAUAUUCAUCUCUUUGAUUGCAGGGUAUCCAGUUAGAUAAUAUGUAGUCUGUUUUUAGUACUUUCUGACAGACUACACCGUAUGGUGUAAAUCACUCUCCAGGGGCUUUAUGUGAUGGCAAGAAAUAGUGUCAUAUUAUGUUGUGAUUUUUCUGAUAAAACCCCCAUGUACCCAAAUAAUCCCUGUCUGAGUCAAGUGGUUCAUAAAAGUAGCCCAAUAAUGAAUGACUGCACCAGGAUUGUGCUGACACAUCCAGGGAUGUUACAAAACCGUAAGAUUUACCUUUGUCAUAACAAAGCUUAAAAAGACUCAAGGCACCUAAAUCCAAUUUUGUAUUCCUUUGAAGGAACAAGGCACGCUUUCACCCUUACAGCUAUGUUUCUUUGUUACUACGCAGUCACGGCCUAUAAUAAACAACCAACAUGAACCAGA